CGCCGCGGCGAUUGGUCGGCCAUUCGUCAUUUAAACCGACGGAGCCGUUGCACGUUGUCCGCGACGGUGUGCGAGGAAGCAGGCGGUUUGAACAGAAGUACGGCGAGCAGCGAGUCCCGCGGGUGUCCUGCAGUGCGGUAGCGUGGCGCGCUCACGGCCGCUCUCUCUCUCUCUCUCUCUCUUCUUUUUCUUCCCCUUUUCGCUCCCCGGUUCACGCGGGCGCGCGCGCGGCAAGACGCUCGCGGCGUGAUACAGCGGACGGUGCGCGUCGAGCGACGGUGCGUACGCGCGCGAAUCCCCUCGCCGGCCGGUCAACGGCGAGCUCUCGUGGGUGAGGCAGACACGCCGGGCUCACGGCGGCGACCACGACGCCGGUCACGACGGGACGUCAGACGGAGAGCGACUGCGACACGACUGGCACCGACUUCGUCGGACGGAGCAUCAUCGGACGACAGCGGGUCCACUUAUCACUGCCACUGCCACUGCCAUUGCGCGAUGUCGAACGAGGAGGAGAACGCCAUACCGAGCGUGAUACACGACUCGAACACCGGCAAGAGUUACAUGAAGGGCCGGUUCUUCGGGAAGGGUGGCUUUGCAAAAUGUUACGAGAUUACCGAGUCCAAGUCGCACCACGUGUUCGCCGGGAAAAUCGUGCCGAAGUCACUGAUGGUAAAGAGCAAUCAGCGAGAGAAGAUAUCGCAGGAGAUUGCGAUUCACCAGAGCCUGAGUCACAGACACAUCGUUGGCUUCCACGGCUUCUUCGACGAUACCAAUAAUAUUUACAUCAUCCUGGAGCUCUGUCGCAAGAGGUCGAUGAUGGAACUGCACAAACGCAGAAAGGCGCUGUCGGAGUGCGAGACGCGGUACUUCAUGAAGCAAAUCUUGGAUGGAGUUUUCUACCUGCAUCAGCACAAGAUAAUUCACAGGGACUUGAAGUUAGGCAAUCUGUUUUUGAACGACGAUUUGCAAGUCAAGAUCGGUGAUUUCGGGUUGGCGACCAAACUGGAGCACGACGGCGAACGGAAAAAGACUGUCUGCGGUACUCCGAAUUACAUCGCACCGGAGGUGCUCACGAAGAUCGGACACUCGUACGAGGCUGAUAUAUGGAGUAUCGGUUGCAUAAUGUAUACUCUACUUGUAGGCAAGCCGCCUUUCGAAACGUCGAGCCUGAGGGAGACAUAUUCCAGGAUCAAACAAGUACAGUACAAGACACCGCAACAUAUUAGCAAACCUGCCAUGAACAUGGUGGCGAACAUGUUGCAAUUGAAUCCCUCAAAACGUCCGUCCGUUGUCAAACUCAUGAAGGAUAUCUUUUUUACUUCCGGAUACAUGCCGACGAGUCUGCCGCUCUCGUGUCUGACAAUGGCACCACGUUUGGACAUGCUCGAGUCGCACUGCAAUCGCAAACCGCUGGGCGAGAUGAACCUUAACGGCUACUCGGAGCAGGAGAUACUCGCCCGAGUGCCGAACAGUCCAUCGCGAAAGGCCAAGCCUAACGAAAUCAUUGAACCACAAAGAGUUACCCUCGACAUCAGAAAGAUGCUUCAAACGUUGAAAGAACAAAUAGCUACUGUGUUGAUAGCUAGACCUGCUAGGGAGACAGCUUCCUCAGCAGACGAAUUGACUGAUCCGGCGGCGCAGCCUGUGAUUUGGAUCAGCAAGUGGGUGGACUACUCGGAUAAGUACGGCUUCGGGUACCAAUUGUCCGAUGAUAGCGUCGGCGUGAUGUACAACGAUGGCACGCGGUUGAUCAUGAUGGCGAAUGGCUACAACAUUCACUACAUCAAUCGCGAGGGCGAUGAGUUGUACCACACGGUUAAGGAGUAUCCGAGUCAUCUCGAGAAGAAAAUGAAACUGAUGAACUUCUUUUUGAAAUAUAUGAACGAGCACCUGAUGAAGGCGGGCGGUUCUAUCGCGUUGAAACAAAGUGACUCCCUCUCUAGAAUACCUUACAUACACCAGUGGUUCAGAACUCAAUCAGCCGUGGUGAUGCAACUGACUAAUGGCACAGUGCAAAUCAACUUCCUGGACCACGCAAAGAUCAUCAUGUGCCCGUUGAUGGCGGCAGUCACCUAUAUCGAUCAUGACAAGAACUUCAAGACUUACAGAUUCCAGACCAUUCAGGAGAGUGGUUGUUGCAAGGGAUUGGCGGACAAUCUGAUGUACGCGUACGAGAAGAUCAAGCUGAUGCUGUCAAAUUCUCAGGCCCGAUAAAGUCACACCAGGGAGAGAAAGGAAGAAAAGUAGCGAGUGCCGCGCCUCUCUUGGCACUAUAUAUUUAGAGCAACGCGACAUAUGUAUUUAUUUUCUAAUAGCGCUGUCUUUGUAGCGAAAGGGAGAGAAAGAGAAACGGGUGAAUGGAGGCUGCGAUCUUGCAUGAUUUUCCCUCUUCCUUUGCUCGAUUUUUAUACAGGCGUAUAGAAUUUUGCUAGGCAAUCUUUUUUUCUUUCUUUUUUUUAUCAUUUACGAAAGAGAGAGAGAGGACCCCAAUCGUACAACGUAGGCGAACCGUUUCGCGACAAGGCAAUUCCAUCGUCACUACAUAUUACCGUUAAUUGGUCGGAUGUCAAUAAUCUGCUAUUUAUUUCCAUAGAUAGUGCUGGAACCGAAAUAUCUAAAAUCUCAGUUAACUUUAACCCAGGUCUACGAAAGCUCUGAAACUCUCUUAUUUAAAUAUAUCCACUUUAGCCUCCGGCCUAGUUUCCUAUUGCCUUCCCCUUAGAGAUCUCGCGAGACUCCGCAUCUUCGUUGAUCCGAUCCAACGACCAUUUAGAAGGUAUUUUGCUCUGACUUUGCAAGUAAAUCAGAUUCGAUUAAGAGAUGCUGCGCUGCGUUUAUCGCAAAGAAAAAAAAACAAUGGAAGAGGAGCGGGGCGUAAGAGUAAUCGUGAUUCGACUGAGUGGUGCAAUCUAAUGUCUGAAUUCGUUGUCGUAGCUGAGAUGAGCGACCUGCAAGAGCUAGUCCUCUGACCGACUGUUUGUUUCUCGCUUCCCAAGAUUCGCUGAAGUCGCUCGUGAAACUCUUUCGAAGCAGUGCUACUCGGGAGUCACGAGCGAUUGUUAAUCUUGGAACAAUAGUUGUUAAUUUCUAAAGUUCUAGUAACAACGGCGAGCAGACUUACGCGCGUUUAUCGAAGAGCAUGUUUGUUCGAGAUGUGAGACUGUUCCAAACAAAACUUUAUAACGACUUAUAACGACUUGCUUAAGACUUAAUUGUUUCAGUUGUGACGUAUUAAUAGUCGAAAAGUAUGUUACCCAUUCUAAGGAAUACAGAAGUACGAAUAAGAAAUGACGAUUAAAUAAAUUACAUCGUGAUUAUUUCUUUUGCUUUCUCACUAUUUCAUUUGUAUAGACAUUUCACGGUAUCCGACAAGGUUGUUUCUCCUCCAUGUUUAUUUUUCGUGUACAAGACGGGAAACUUUGGGAUUUUGUAUUUUGGAAAAUUAGAUCUUGCAAGUUUUACUCUCUUUGGCAACAACGUGUAGCUUCAGUUAAAAAAUAUGUGACGAGUCUCUCUGUGAAGAGACUCGAAAUUUAUUUCAUAGAAAUUACCUUGAUAGCGAGAAUUAAGUAUAAAUAAACUGCCGUUAUUUCUGUGAAGCUUACAAAGACUUUUUAAGAUGUCGAUACGAUAAAUCGCGGUUGUUCGGCUAGAAAUUUCGUAGAAUCGAAACAGUGAAAAAGAGACUUAAUAGACUUUCUGUCGAGAAAUUCAACGAGAAACUUGUGAUUUCUCGCACUGCUUCGACCGGUUAAGAAAUAUUACGAAGGAGAACGAAGUCAAUUGUAUCGAGCUACUUUGUAUAUGAAGACUAUUUCUGAUAGGGACGUCGAUACAAAAAUUUAUAUUUUUUAUACAGCAAAAUUGACCACAGUAUGUUAAUUAAAUCGAGCGCGGUGUGUGUAGUGUAAGAUCCUCUUUUGUAAUAUUAGAUUGUUAUAGAUAAUACAUCGAUUUUUAUAUAACUAUUGUAACAUUAAAUCCUUACGAGAGUUCCCGAACUUUUUCUCAGCACAAUCCCGAGUUUUAUUAAGAAUCAAGGUAGCUAAACGGUGGGUUUUAACCGAUAGAAAUCGCAGGGACUGGAGAACGAUUGGGAAGCCUUGAAAGAAUGAAGAUUCAAAGCACUCGCGGAUCUCACGGCGCAGAGUUUACGAAUCGAGUAUUUAAUUAGCCCGAGAGUUUUAGCGGAUCCCCUGAAUGAUUCGACAAGCCGAUAAUUUCACGACCAGGAGAUCGAGAUUGUAACGUUUCGCGUCGAGAGAACGAGGGAAACUUUCGUAAAGAUUUGAUGUAACUGUAAUGAUGACUCUUUUGAAGAGACUGGAUGAGAGAAGGAGCAUAGGUUUUUCAUAUAACGAAAUUGAUUUAAGUAUAAUAGCGGGGGGACGAUAACACGUAGUCAUUAAGUGCCACUCGGAAGAAACAAUAUUAGCUUAGCGAAUGAUGUUACGUUAUGUUAAGUUAGGUAUAUACAAGAGAUGCGAGGAACAAUUAUAGAUAAUUAGGUAAUACGUUAUCAAAUUACAAUUAGUGCAUGUACAUAAAAAGAAUAGGUAAAUAUGCCAAGGUGAAUGGUUGCGCUCAUAGGCGGAAAGUAGUUUACGUUUAGACAAGAAUUAUUAAAAUAUUUUUACGAUGCGUCAAUAUACUUAUAACGCUGUUUUGAAAAAGAGUACGGUAUAGAAAUAAAACUGUUUUUUCUUUUUUUAAAUGCAACUCGCUCUUUGCGCGCGGACUACUUUCAAAUAGAACGAACGUGACGCUCACGCCGGCUUGGUUCGGCGAUCGACCUGACGACGGACUUUUAAAUAUUUCGAGCGAGUGGGUAAUCCCCCUGACGUCUAGACGUCACGACUCUGUCAGUCGUCGAUUGUAAAACGGCCUACGUCGGAGCCAAGGUUCCUCGAGUAAAAGUUUGUACACG